GUCGUUGUCAGCAUAUCGCGAGCAAUGGCUCGCCGUGCGGCUGGGUUGAUUAAUAAGAGAUGAGUCAGGUUCCUACUCCAAUGCUACCUCGACUUCUAUCACCACCACUAUUUUUAACCAGCUACUGUUCUUUGUAGUUGAAUCUACUCUGCAAGUAAUAACUCUUCAUAAACAAAGGUCCUCCUCCCGACCAACAGAGAAGAAACACCAAAAUAUAAGCAAUUACAUAAGCACACCGGCGCUGCUACGUCAUCAUCUUCCGCAAACCCAAAACAAAUCUGCGUCGACAAUCUUCGCGUCGCGCCUUUUUCACAACGAUCCACCGUCGUCCUCGUCCUUCCGCUCGUCUGAUCACAUCAGCGCUCCUGUUAAUCCCGUAUACUUAACAGAAUCCCCUUCCGCCAACAAUGUCGCGCACUGCCACUGUCGUCGACACAACCUACUAUGACUGUCUCGGGGUGGCGCCGGAUGCGACGGCUCUCGAAAUCAAGAAGGCUUACAGAAAGAAAGCCAUCCUCCUCCAUCCGGAUAAAAACCCGAACGACGAAUCCGCCCACGCAAAGUUCCAAGAGGUUGGCGAAGCCUACCAGAUCCUGAGCGACCCCGACUUGCGAAAGCAAUAUGAUCAGUUCGGCAAAGACCAGGCUGUGCCUGCCGCUGGAUUCGAGGAUCCGGCCGAUUUUUUCACCUCGAUCUUUGGUGGAGAGGCUUUCUAUGACUUAAUCGGAGAGCUUUCCCUCAUCAAGGAGCUCACCAAGGCCGUUGAAAUCAGCCAAGCUGAAGAGCAGGAAGAGGCCGCCGCCGCCGCUGCCGCUGCGACCGCCGAGACCUCGGGUUCUGCUGCAGAAGAUACUCCCAAGACUACCGCCGCCCCUUCGGUUUCCUCCGCAACUUCCCCUUCAAGCCCCACAUCGACCUCCUUCCAAACUCCCAGCUCGCCAACCAGUACUGCUGGCGCUACCGCGUCCUCCGCCGCCGCUACCGAGCCCACAUCGACCACUUCCGCGCCGGGACAGCCUCACCCCUUCUUGGCAAUCACGGGAUCCGAAGAUCAGGAGCACAACCUCAGCGGGAUGUCUUCUGAGGGGAAGAAGUCAUCGACCAGUCUUGACAAGGAGAAGAAGAAGAAGGGAGGCUUAACCCAGGCCCAGCGAGAGGAGAUCUUGAAGCUCGAGCAGGAGCGAAAGGCGGCUCGUAUAGAGCGAGUUGAUCAUCUGACAAAGAAACUCAUUGAAAGAUUAUCUCUCUACACCGAGUCUGAGAAACGGCCAGAUGUUAUUCAGGCUUUUAAGGAGAAGACAAGACUGGAGCGGGAAAACCUGAAAAUGGAGUCGUUCGGAAUCGAGCUUCUACACGCAAUCGGCGGCGUCUACUAUCAAAAGGGCAACUCCUAUCGCAAGUCCUCAAAGUUCCUCGGCAUGAACUCGAUCUUCAGCAAAGUCAAAGAGAAGGGCUCGAUCGCCAAAGACACCUGGAACACAAUCUCGAGCGCGAUCGAUGCGCAGAUCACGAUCCAAGACAUGACAAAAGCUGAAGAGAAAGGUGGCGAUCACUGGACUGAGGAGACAAAGGCGGAAUUCGAGCGCAGAGUUAUGGGUAAACUCCUAAACGCUGCCUGGCGCGGCUCGCGAUACGAGUUCCAGGGCGUGCUGAGAGAAGUCUGUGAUAAGGUCCUCGAGGAUAAGGGCAUCCCGGCUAAGAAGCGCAUGGAGCGAGCAGAGGCUCUUGAAAUCAUCGGUACGAUAUUCAAGCAAGCCGAGCGAGAUCCUGAUGAGGAUGAAGACGCUCGAGUGUUUGAGACCUUGCUCGCAGAAGCCACUCAGAAGAAGCACAAGAAAUCAAAGAAGCGGUCACCUUCCGGAACACCCGCCGAACCUGCCACCGCUUAACCUAACUCUUGCGUUUUAAGCUGUGUUUCUUUUGAAUUUAUUGUCAGGACCCGAUAGCACUGCCGAUUCCGAGCACUGCUGUCUUUGAUUUAGAGGUGUAGGACUAGUAUAUAUAGUGAGCUUGUGCUGUUACAGUUGCUGUUUUUUUAUUAGGUGUGUACGACGUGUACUUCUCUACUUGUCCAUCAACACCUGUUUUUAAAUGAGCCGUGUUGGAUGAUUUCUUUUGGUGUCUUUUAUUCCUUUUCCCACAUGCAAUUCAAAUAAUUUCCCACUCAAGAUAG